UUUAGUUCAUUUUUUUUUAUCAAUCCCGCAUCUCAUGGACGUCAUAUUCCCGCAUAAAGGAAGAGUGGAAUUUGUGAAAGUAAUGGAUUCUUUCUCCGUUAACCCGCAUCCGAUAAGUCGGAGAAACAGAGGCGGAUUCCUUUCUUCUGUAUCCGCAUCCGAUGAGUCGGAGAAAGAGAGAGAUGACUCGAAUGCUUAUCACACCACACGCAGCGUAAAACCCUCGUUGUCUUCGGAGAUCGCGCACAUGGACUCCCUUCGCCGCAUCGCCCGCCGUCCGAUCGGGUGCCGCUUCUUCUCGGCCAGGACAUUCGAUCCACCGCCUUAUGCUUCUCGCCGCCGCGUUGUCGUCACCGGUCUGGGCAUGAUCACACCCCUCGGAUGCGGCAUUGAGACGACGUGGCGCCGACUGGUGGAGGGACAAUGCGGCAUCCGUGCGCUUUCGCCGGCAGACCUCAAGAUGGACAGCUUUGACGAGGCCACGAUGAUGCACACUUUCGAGCAGCUGACGUCGAAGGUGGCGGCAAUCGUGCCCUGUGGAAAUGGACAAGGGCAAUUCGAUGAACAACCGUGGUUGCAGUCCAAGGACCAUAGAGCCAUAUCAAAAUUCAUUGCUUAUGCCCUCUGCUCAACCGAUGAGGCCCUCAGAGAUGCAGGUUGGUUGCCAACUGAAUCUGGAAAAAAGGAAAGAACGGGUGUUUCCAUUGGCGGUGGGAUAGGCAGCAUGCCUGACAUUUUAGAUGCAGCUCAGAUGAUAUGCGAGAAGCGUCUACGGAGGCUUAGCCCAUUUUUCAUCCCUAAAAUAUUGAUCAACAUGGCAUCUGGUCAUGUGAGUAUGAAAUAUGGAUUCCAGGGCCCAAAUCAUGCUGCUGUGACAGCUUGUGCAACUGGGGCUCAUUCCAUUGGCGAUGCUACAAGGAUGAUUCAAUUUGGAGAUGCAGAUGUUAUGGUAGCAGGAGGAACUGAGUCUAGUAUUGAUGCUUUAUCCAUUGCUGGAUUUUGCAGGUCAAGAGCACUGGCUUCGAAGUAUAAUUCUCUACCUCAGGAGUCUUCUCGACCAUUUGAUUGUGAUAGAGAUGGAUUUGUGAUAGGUGAGGGAUGUGGUGUCAUGGUAUUGGAGGAGUUAAAUCAUGCUAUAGAACGUGGAGCAAAAAUUUAUGCAGAAGUUCGAGGCUAUGGAAUGUCAGGCGAUGCUUAUCACAUAACUCAGCCACACAAUGAUGGAAAAGGUGCAAUUUUAGCUAUGACACGUGCACUUGAACAGUCUGGGCUUCAUCCAAAUCAAGUAGAUUAUAUAAAUGCCCAUGCUACAUCAACACCUCUUGGUGAUGCAGUUGAGGCUAAUGCAAUAAAAUCAGUAUUCUUAGACCAUGCAACAUCAGGAGCGUUAGCAUUCUCCUCAACAAAGGGAGCUACUGGCCAUCUACUUGGAGCAGCAGGGUCUGUAGAAGCUAUCUUUAGCGUUCUUGCUAUUCACCAUGGAAUAGCACCACCAACGCUCAAUCUUCUAAAGCCUGAUCCACUCUUUGAUGAUAAAUAUAUUCCUUUGAGUGCUCCAAAGAAGAUGGAAAUAAGAGCAGCAAUUUCAAAUUCUUUUGGCUUUGGAGGAACCAAUGCAUCCCUGUUGUUUGCUUCCGUGACGUAGUCAAGUGAUGCUUUCACUUCCGGCUAUACUUUUCGUGCUUAUGAAAUAUUUCUACGCUUAGAGGGUGAUAGGUUGACGUAGGUUAUUGUUUAGGGAGAAUUGCUAUCGUUUUAUUUUGUUUCCAAGAUAUUGAUUUUUCUGCUCACAGCAGGCAUGUUUGUUUGGUUUAGAUGGCGGAUUGUGUAAUCUGCAACACCAAACGAGUGGAAUGGUUUAAUAAUUUCAUAUCCAUCUUGUUAA